AGUAAAAACAUCGAUGACCACACUCAAUACACGUGCCAAGUGCGAUUCGUAAACAAAAUCUAUUUUUAUUAAUUAUUUUCGCAAUUCACAAAAGAACGCCACAAAAUGUCACGAAUAAUAGUCAAACAAUUGCCCAAGCAUAUAACUGAAGACAAACUGCGCAACAUCUUUGGUGCAAAGGGAAACAUCACCGACCUGCAGCUGAAGUACACGCCAGACGGCAAGUUUCGGCAGUUCUGUUUUGUUGGCUACAGCACAGAAGAGGAGGCACAGGAUGCCAUUCAGCACUUUAAUAACACCUGCAUCCAAACGAGUCGCGUUCGCGUUGAGUCCUGCGCCGCCCUGGGCAGCGAAGCCAAGCCGAAGUCUUGGAGCAAAUAUUCCAAGGAUUGCAAAAACAAUCUGGAUAAAAUAAAGGUUGCCGAAGAAGAGGAAGAGAAGAAAGAAAGCGCCGAGUCAAAGAAGAAGGCCAAACCGAAGAAGGAUACGAAAGUGGUCGAGAUUCUGGGAAAGCACAAAGAUGAUCCAGAGUUUCAAGAGUUCUUGCAGGCUCACGAAAAAACACGCACUCUAUGGGGCAACGAUUUAGGCAAGACCGAACAGAACGCGGAGAAGAAGGAUAAUGCCGAGCGUACAGCUGGACGCAAUGACAGCGGCGUCGAUGCUGAUGACGUCGAGUACGAACAAGAGGCCUAUGAGGAAGAAUCGCAAUUAGACGACGAGGGUGAAAAGUUGGCCGAGAAACCCAUUACUGACCUGGAAUACAUGAAAUUUCUGAUGAUGGGAAAGGCUGCAGCACCCACUGCCUCUGCACUGACCAAGAAGACAAAGGCGGAAAAAAGUAGCCUGGAUCUGUUCACCAUCAAAAUCCACAAUGUUCCAUACAAAACGAAGCGUCAGGAGGUGCUCAAGUUCUUCAAACCUCUCAAGCCAUAUUCGGUUCGCCUACCCGGCAAGGUCCACGGAUUCUGCUACGUGGGCUUUAAGACCGAAAAGGACAUGGCCAAGGCGAUGGUAAAGAACAAGAGCUUCAUCAAUGGCAAGCAGAUCUUCUUCUCUGACUUUACCGAGAGGAACAAGGUGACAAAGGCUAGCAAGAGUGGAUUGCCACCGCCCAACGCCCCGGCAGAGAGCCGAGCGAAUGCCAAGUGGAAGCAACAGCAGGACGGCCUACGCAAAGAAGAGGACAUCUCUGAAUCGGGUAGUAUAUUUUUUCGGAAUCUGGCUUACACCACCACCGAGGAAGAAAUGCAGAAGCUCUUCGAACAGUACGGCCCUGUCGUUAAGGUCAAUCUCCCGGUGGAUAAGCUUACACGAAAAAUCAAAGGCUUUGGUACGGUCACCUACAUGAUGCCGGAGCACGCACUUAAGGCAUUCAAUGCCCUCGACGGCACCGACUUUCAUGGGCGCUUGCUACAUUUGCUUCCCGGCAAGGAGCUCGACAAAAAUGACCAGAGUGAGGCAGACAAGGACGAUUCCGGGCUCUCUUUCAAGGAAAAGAAGGCUCUCAAGCUGAAAAAGAACGCUCAGAAACCAAUUGGCUGGAACACGCUUUUCCUCGGUGCCAAUGCAGUGGCUGAUCUGCUAGCCAAGCAGUUCAAGACAUCUAAGGAGCGCAUCUUGGACACUAGCGAAGGCGGAAGCAGUGCCGCCGUCCGUCUAGCCCUCGGCGAGACUCAGAUCGUGAUCGAAAUGAAGAGAUUUCUCGAAGAGGAGGGCGUGCGUCUAAGUGCCUUUGACGAACCCUCCCAGAAACGCUCCAGAACUGUAAUACUAGCCAAGAACCUGCCAGCAACGACCGUAGUAUCGGAACUGAGUCCCAUUUUCAGUCGCUUCGGACCCAUUGGACGGAUUGUGCUACCUCCCAGUGGGGUCACGGCUCUCAUCGAGUUCUGUGAGCCUUCGGAGGCACGUCAGGCAUUCAAGAAACUGGCCUACAGUAAGUUCAAAAACGCUCCUCUCUAUCUGGAGUGGGCACCAGAGCAGACCUUUGUCACAACGCUCAGCAACGAGCCGAUCAUACCGAAGACAAAGCAGGAAGAGCCCAGAAGGAAGGAGCCGGAGAAAACGACGACAGCAAUAAAAGAGGAGACAAAGGAUGAGCCUCUAGCCGAGGAUGCCGAGGAUGAGCCCGAGCCGGACACAACCCUCUUCCUGCGCAACCUGAACUUCAAAACCGUGAAGGAGACCGUGCUAGAGCAUUUCCGCCACCUGGGAUCCAUUCACACAGUGGAGAUAGCCAAGCGCAAGGAUCCCCAAAACCCUCAUCAAUUCAGCUCACUGGGCUAUGGCUUCAUACAGUUCAAGAAUGCCUCAGUGGCAGAUCGCGCGCUCAAAAAUCUGCAGCUCACCCACAUCGACGGCAAUCCCGUGGAACUCAAGCGUAGCGAUCGCGUCCUCAAAAACCAGAACGAGGACGUAUCCCGACGUGGCCAGGCGGCGCAGAAGAAGCAAACGGGCACCAAAAUCCUGGUUCGCAAUAUACCCUUCCAGGCUCAAUACCGAGAAGUGCGGGAGGUGUUCAAGGCCUUUGGCGAUUUGCGUUCCCUGCGCAUACCUAAGAAGGUUACAGCUGGUGAGGACGCACAUCGGGGCUUCGGCUUUGUUGAUUUCAUCACCAAGGCGGAUGCCAAGCGAGCCUUUGAUGCGCUCAGCGCCAGCACCCAUUUGUACGGGCGCCGCCUUGUCCUCGAGUGGGCCUCACACGACGACCAAAACGAUUUGGGAGAGCUGCGCAAGCGGACGGCAGCCAGGUUUGAUGACACCCGAGCGGGAACGGCAGCCAAGCAGAGUAGGCGUGCCUUUUUCGAUGUCGAGGGCAGCAUCCAGCAGGCCCCAGAAGAGGACGACGAGAUGGAGAACUCUAGUCGUGGUGAAGCCCGGGAUCGUUAGACGCUUUUCAAAAGUAAAAACUUGUACUGAGUCCUCCAUCGUUAUAGUCCUCCCUGUAUAAAGCGUAAACUACAAUUCUUAAAAUCAAAUCCUUUUUUAUGUUUUCUAGAGAAGGAUAUCGAAAUAUCCUGUUUUCAAAAUAAGAACGGACUAUGGGUUUAUUAAGAAAUAUAGAAAAAUAUAAAUAAAACCAUCAAAUAUGGUCGCAGGUGCCCUGUUAUAUUAAUGCGCGCCAGCUGCAGCUAUAGCCGAAAGCUCAGAUCAGAUCCAAGAGAUGACGUAGACAAGCAGAACGCAAGUUUUAACGGGAUAGAAUGAUUAUUACGCACUAUUGAUGAAUUAGAUUACCUGUAUUUGAAACUAUGCAAUUAUAUGACUCUUUGCUUCAAACACA